AUGCAAUUCUCAGUAGGCAUUCUCGCACUUUUCGCCGGCGUCGCUAUGGCUGGCAAGAUCUGCACUCCAGCUGGUAACAGAUGUCCCGCGACUUAUCCUUGCUGCCCCGGCCUUCGCUGCAUUGGCGGCAGAAAUAACAAGAUCUGCCGAUAA